AUGACGUCGGAAGGCGGUGGAGCUGUUGCGUUCCCACUGGUGACACUUGCUCCGAAGUUUGCUCCAGUCACGGCCAGAGAUUUUUCAUUGAUCGUUCAAGCAAAAGGUAUGACAUGGGCCCUUUUUGAAAUCGUAUUCAUGGGUGUUCAAAUUGAAAAACGAGCCGUCGUCUUCGGUAUGAUGGGUUCUGUACCAGGAUUCAUCUUUGGAUCUCUCUUGGUUGAUCUGUUUUUCAAGGGGCUUCAACAGAAAAUGCUUUAUGUCUCAACAUGGUCUUCAUUUGCUGUCGCUCUUUACUUGUUGGAUGCGGAGAAAAUCGGAGAACCUUUCAUGUGA